AUGUCACUCCUCAGAGGAGUUUUCAACACAUGUUUUCGUUCUAGUGUCGACUCCGACACCGAUUCCGACACCAAUUCCGACAAUGAAAUCGAUCUCGUUGGAAGAACCAGCCCAGGCGCAAGACGAAACAAGAUAAUCGCAGACAAUCUCACGCACAAUGAGAGAUGGUACAUUAUAAGUUGCUUAUUCCUAUUCGGAUGGGCAUAUGGCAUGGAUAGCCUGCUCCGAGUGGUGUACCAGCCUCUUGCAACAUCUGGAUUUGCCAAACACUCAACGCUUGCAACAGUCAAUGUCAUUCGAAGCGUAGUAACUGCAGCAACCUAUCCUGCAGCUGCGCGAUUGGCUGAUGUCUUUGGUAGAUUGCAAAUGGUGAUCAUGAGUGUUCUUUUCCAUGUCAUAGGUACAAUCAUCGAGGCGGGCUGCAAGAAUGUGGAAGGGUUUGCUGCUGGAGCAGUGAUUUAUCAGAUUGGAUAUACCAGCAUGCUUCUUCUUGUUGAAGUCAUUGUUGCAGAUAUUACAACAUUGAAGGCCCGUUUACUCUACUCAUAUGUACCCACUCUACCAUUCCUGUUCAACACCUGGGCUAGCGGAUACUUCAGUGAAGCUGUCCUUGCUCGUACAAGCUGGCGAUGGGCGAUCGGAAUGUGGUCAGCCAUCGUGACUGUUUGCUCGAUCCCUUUGAUCGUCGCACUUUUCUUGCCCUAUCGACGAAUAAAGAAAGCUGGGCAUCUAGAUAUAAUCAAAUCCCCUUUCAAAAACUUGGGUCCACUCAAAUUCAUCACGGCUCUGUUCUGGCAAGUCGAUGUACUCGGCAUUGUCCUUCUGAUCGCCGUAUUCGGUUUCAUCCUCGUACCUUUCACGAUAGCCGGACAUGAUAAGAGUCAAUGGAAAGAGGCGAAAGUGCUUGCGCCACUUUUGAUCGGAUUUAUCAUAUGUAUACCCACAUGGCUCAUAUGGGAGCAUAGUUAUGCACGGUACCCGAUGCUUCAGAUAAGGCUUCUGAAGGACCGCGCAGUUUGGGGGGCGCUUGGGAUUGCGUGCAUGCUUCAGUUUUCCUGGACCAUGCAAGGGAACUUCCUUUAUACGGUUAUAAUCGUCGCCUUUGACGAGUCGGUCAAGAGAGCUACAUGGGUUGUCUCUCUCUACAACUUCUUCUCUGUAUUGAUAGGUUUUUUCGUCGGACUUGUUGUACGAUUCUCGCCGCGUGUAAAUCAUCUGAAGGGCAUUAUCAUCACUGGCACGGUCUUGUUCUUUGUAGCAUUCGGCCUUCUAUCUCACUUUCGCGGAGGAGCAAACAAACCUAGUCGUGAUGGAGUUUGGGGGGCACAAGUUCUUCUCGGAAUUGCUGGUGGCUUAUUCCCAUAUCCAACCCAAACAUCCAUCCAAGCUGCAACAAAGCACAAACAUGUUGCACUCAUCACGGGAUUAUAUCUCGCCACUUUCAACAUUGGAGGCGCUCUAGGAAAUGCAGUAUCUGGUGCUAUUUGGACGCAGACAUUGAUUCCUACUUUGCUUAAAAAUCUGCCGGAACCACAUAACACCAACGCCAUGGCCCAAGACAUAUUUGCGUCGCCUUUCAAGUACACUGAGAUGUACGCAAUCGGCACGCCCGUGAGGAAUGGAAUGGUCACAAGCUAUAGACAUACUCAAAGACUGUUGACACUCACCGGUCUAGGGCUAUGCGGGGCGCUGAUCAUCUUUAGCUGUUGUAUCCGCAACCCGGCGAUGGUGGAGAAGCAGAGCCUAUGGGACCAAGAAUUGAGCAGCCUUGAUGCGCGACCUAGACCCGCCAACAACGUGGAAAAUGGUUCGGCAGAGAGAAGUGCUAACAGGCCACAAACUGCAUGA